UAUGCUUCGUUGCAACAUAUUUACACGUUAGGGGAAACCCCUCGGCCGUGACCUCUUGACCUUUUGAAAUAAACCGAAAGUGCAAAUCAGCUGAAAUUCACUGCGUGUGUCAGCAAUGUUUUAGGAACAAGAGCAGAAACGAAAUGUUCAUCGCAUCACAACUUGACGACCCGCAGUAGAAGACGACCGAUCGCAAGUAUGCAUCCUGGAGCAAGAUUCCAAAACCGUGGCUUCCAUUGUCUAGUCAGCGGUUGCUACAAAGUCCACAAAAAUGGGGCCCUUCCUCCCAAGCCGACUUCGAUCGAACACUGUUGUUUGAUGACCGAGGGAAAUUACUGGGACAUCUUAGUCAAUUGCCGACCAAACACUAAUCAAUGCAAGAGGGAAAAAAACUGGAAAAAUGUCAUGGAGGUCUACCCCGAUGCCAAGGUAGAGAGAAAACACAACAAUAUAGAGUUGACGUUGCCUGUCUUAACGGAAAAUCUUGAGGUUGCUGCUUUUGGAGUUCCCAAAAAGAGUGACCAGAAACGAAUGCAAAUGGCGAUCUUUGGAAAAGAUCCGACUCAGGGCUGCAACUGGAAGAUUCGGGUUUACUUGAUUGAUGAUUCAAAAAAGGCAUUCGAGGUUGUUUGCGAGAAAGAAGCAGAAAAAGGAAACAGACUGCUGACAACUCUCUCAGGCCUAUUUGUGUCCAACAGCAAGGAAAACAUCAGAAUUGAGUUUACUGAUCUAGAUCCAGGAUGGCAAAUAAAAGGUGAAAACGUGAAGAUAAUAUAUAUAAAAGAUGCGUGGAAUUCGCCUGAAAACUCAGCAAAUUUCCCUCUCUGUGUUUUUGAAGUAAGUCACGUUGAUCGAACCAAGCAGCAGUUCUUUUGCCGAAUAAUAGUUUCACAUGACGAUGACAGCGCUAAUACCGAGAUGGUGGCUUUUUUCGAGCAGAAAAGAGGCGUAGGGAUCAAACCGCCAAGGAAACGUAAGAAUGCUCCGAUGAAGCCUCCACACGGUGUGCUUCCUGCAAACCCUAACCAAGAACUUACCUCUUUUUCACAGGAUCCAGUGCCACUGACUGAUUUCUUAAAAGAACUUGGAGAGUUUAUCGACAUCAAACUCUUUUAGACAAAGCUGCUUGAUGCUAAGUGCAUUCGGUUUUCGUAGGUCUCGCGCCGUUGGUGACUCUUUUAACUUUAAACUAGAAACUAUUGAGGUUUUAACUCGAGCUUUCUUGGGGAUUUGCAACAAAUGCACGAUUUUACAUGCCAGACCGUUGUAACUAGUGUGAGUAGCUGGUGGUUUUGUUGGGGAGCACUCAAGCAAGUGGCAAGGCCUUACAGGGAAUGGAAGACAAAAAACAAACAAACAAAGAGGAAAAGGUCUGCUGCGCAGGU